AUGAUGCUCACGGAAUGUGAGAGGAUCCUGGGUCAAGGCCUUCUACGACUUCCGGCCAAACACAAUUAUCGCUAUGGCCCCCAGGCAGAACGAGACCUGCUGGAGCUUCUCUUCCGCUCCCUGACGGGCCACAACGAAGAUCGUCUUCGCGAAUUAUUCCCCGACGGACUGCCGACCGGGCCAUGGAGGCUGGCUGAGGCCCAGGGUGCCGAGGAGGGAGCCGAGUACAGCGAAGCAGCGCGGGGCAAGCGAUGCGGUCAUAUCUUCAGAGCCGGCGAGGCCACCUACCGAUGCGUCACCUGCGCAGCGGACGAUACGUGCGUGCUCUGCAGUCGGUGCUUUGAUGCGUCCGACCACACUGGCCACCAGUAUCAGAUCUCGUUGUCGUCGGGAAACUGCGGCUGCUGUGACUGUGGGGACGAGGAGGCCUGGCGGCUGCCGCUGUUCUGUGCGAUCCACACGGACAACGAGGAGAAGAAGGACAAGGGCCCCGCCGAAUCGAAUCUGCCGCGGGAGUGGGUGGACAAUAUCCAGUUGACCAUCUCGCGCGUGCUCGACUAUUUCUGCGACGUGAUUUCGUGCUCGCCGGAGCAGCUGCGGUUGCCGAAGACCCUGGAGGGGAUCCGGCAGGAUGAGGAGUCGUCGCGGCUGCGGUCAGGCUGGUACGGCGACGGGGACCAGGCGGAGGAAGAGCCCGAGUUCGCGGUGGCGCUGUGGAACGACGAGAAGCACACGAUCCGAGACGUGUCGCAUCAAGUGAGCCGGGCAUGUCGCCAGAACGACCGGUUCGGUAUGGACCGAGCUCACGAGACGAACGACAUCGGACGGAGCGUGGUUAAAUAUUCGACCAACCUGGAGCAAUUGCUGAAUGUCUCCAAGGUAAUUGAGCAGAUCAAGGUCACUGUCACCAUUCGCUCUUCCCGCGACACGUUCCGGGAGCAGAUGUGUGGCACCAUCGUGGAGUGGCUUUCCGAUAUUGCGGGAUGCAGUGUUCUUGGUGAUAAUGAGAUCUUGCGCCACACCAUCUGUCACCAGCUGAUGAGCUCCUGGCAACGUGGGAGUGGCGCUUACAACGCAGAAAUCGGUCUUCGAGGGAUCGACGACCAUCAACGAUUGGAGAAUGUGCCAGUCCGGACAGUCAUGCUCACCGUCUCGCCCCAGGGUCAGGUUGUGUUGGCCGCAGGCGGCGACGAUGACGAGGACGACGCUCUCGAAGAUGGGGACGAACCCGACCCGAACGAGGCAGAGGGCGAUGAUGACGAUGAAUUUGUGGAACAUGACGAUGCCGAUGACGAGGAUGAAGAAAUGGAGAUUGAUCUCAAUCGACUCCGGGAAGAGGUGGACGAGGAUGAAGACAUGGUGAUGGGCAACGCGGAUGAGGUUCUUGACAUCGGCGAUCACAUCAUGAGUAUUAUAAACCACCCUGGGGAUGAGCCUCGACAGGGCCAGCAGGAUGGACAAGAGCGUGAGCAGGAACAGGAGCAGCCACAACAUCACGCUAUCCCGCCACCUCCCCAAACCGAGGAGGGUCAACAUGGCCAAUCCGCCUCCAACAACAACCCCGGCUCGAGUGACAACUACGAGGAUACCGCCAUGGAAUAUAUUCGCAUUCCCAAAACACCUGCUGGGACCGUGAAGCCCGCUCCUGCCACCACACCGAGCCACUGGCGAGUCCGGCCUUCCGUUCCUCUGAAAGGCGAUACUGUGCCGCCGUACGAGGACCUAUGGAAACGGACGCGACUGGAUUGGAUGAUUCUCUUCGACCUGAGAUUGUGGAAGAAAACGCGUACCGAUCUCCGCGAUCUCUAUAUCGGCACCGUGGUGAAUGUUCCACAGUUCAAGCGAAUUAUGGGUCUGCGUUUGUCUGCCCUCUACACGGCAUUGGCGCAACUAUACCUGAUCGCCGAUCGAGAACCGGACCACUCCAUUGUCAACCUGUCGCUGCAGCUCCUCACUACGCCGUCGAUCACCGAGGAGAUCGUGUGCCGAGGAAAUUUCUUGACCAAGGUCAUGGCCAUCCUGUAUAGUUUCCUCACAACUCGGCAGGUUGGUGAACCGUUCGACGUGAAUCCAAAUGGCACAUUAGCGUUCGAUGCCGGGUCCGUGACAAACCGCCGUCUAUACCACUUCUUCCUCGACCUGCGGUAUCUUCUUCAGUCGGAGUACGUGCAAGCCCGCGUGAGGACCGAGGAUCAAUAUCUCGGUCAAUUCUUGGACCUUGUCAAGCUGUCUCAGGGCAUCUGCCCCAACGUACGCGCCGUGGGAGAGCACGUGGAAUACGAGACGGAUGCGUGGAUCAGUGCAUCGAUUCUCAUGCGCGAGAUCAAUCGACUCUGCCGCCAAUUCUGCGAAGCGUUCCGAACCCCCGAGGCGGAUGGGGGCGUCAAUUUAUUGCGGGCAAUGAAGGUGGCUACCAUCACCGCUGUGGUCCACUCUACUGGCAUCGAGCGUAAGCGAUUCGAUCAGGCCGAGAUCAAGGACUACGUCUCAUUCAAGACCCUGCCGCCUUUCGAUUUCGAGGUCGAUCAAGGUCACAUUCCCCGCUAUCGCGUGGUAUCCUUCGUUGUCGAAAAGGGCUCUAUCAGUUUCCAUCACGCUCUGCACUAUACCCUCUCUUGGCUGCUUGAAUGCGGACGUGGUAUGAGUAGCGCCGUGAUGCGUGAGGUCCUAUUUGACGCCGCCCAAGUCGCCAAUGACAAGUUUAUCCACGAUAGCACGCUCGAACCGGAGGAUCUACUGCUGACAAUGUUUGACUAUCCUCUGCGGGUGUGUGCCUGGUUGGCACAGAUGAAGGCUGGCAUGUGGGUGCGCAACGGUCUGAGCUUGCGUCACCAGAUGUCACAGUACCGUGGAGUGUCGUCCCGCGAUUUUGCGUACUAUCGCGAUAUCUUCCUGCUUCAAACCGCCCUGGUGACGUGUGAUCCGAGCAGGGUGCUGGCAUCCAUUGCGGAUCGAUUUGGCAUGGUGGAUUGGAUGACCAAGAACUACACCCCGCGCUCCGGCUACGAGGAUACCCAGAUUGUCGACGUGGCCGAGGAAUUCGUUCAUUUGCUGAUCAUCCUCUUGACUGAUCGAAACUCGCUGACGGCCAUUGACGACAGCGACAGGGCGAUGCACCAGAACAUCAGCCGUGAUAUUGCGCACGUGCUGUGUUUCAAGCCUCUCUCCUUCUCGGACCUGUCCACCCGCCUCAGUGACAAGCUUCUGGACGCGGAUAUGUUCCAGGACGUACUGGAGGAGGUGGCAUUUUUCCGCCCGCCAGAAGGCAUCAACGACUCGGGUACUUUCGAGCUCAAGCCCGAGUACCUUGAACUUGUCGACCCGUACAGUGCUCAUUACACCAAGAACCAGCGCGAUGAGGCGGAGAACGUCAUCAAAGAAUGGAUGGCCAAGAAGGCCGGCAAGAAGGCAUCCGACAUCGUCUUCGAGCCCAAACUCCGACCCAUCGACUCGGGGGCGUUCUCGGAUCUCCCUCGCUUCACCCGGACCUUGCUCUUUGCCCAGGUUAUCCACCACUGUCUAGAAUAUGCGAUGUCCUCGAAGGACCGGACACCAUACAUACCAUCCACGCGCGUGGACACCUUCCUCCAAACGGUCUUGCAUUUGAUCCUUGCCGCCACGCUAGAGGACGACGCCGGGGAUGAGAUGUCGGGCGAUUCGGCCUCCUUCGUGUCCCACGCAUUGACAAAGGCUCGCGAAACCCAGGCUGGCUACUUAACCAUCAUUGAGUUGCUAGAGAAGAUCUCUGUCAUGAGCGAGUUCUCUGCCUGUGGGGCCAAGAUCCGGCACAUCUUGAAGCGGCUGUGGCAGAAGCGGCCUCAGUCGUACGCGUCGGCCACUGCCUCUCUCAAGUUCCCCUUCGAUCGGAUCGAGACAAACUCGCCGGCCAUCGACACCGAUAAUGAGAAAGAGAUCAAGAAGAAGCAGGCUUUGGAAAGACAGGCACGGGUCAUGGCUCAAUUCCAGCAGCAGCAACAGAACUUCCUGAACAGCCAGGGUGACAUCGACUGGGGUGAGGAGGAUUUCAGUGAUAUCGAGUCGGAAUCCGAGGCCGCCCCCGAGGCCAAACUCUGGAAAUACCCCAGUGGGUCCUGCAUUCUGUGUCAAGAGGAGACCAGCGACUCUCGCCUCUAUGGCACAUUCGCCCUGAUCCAAGAUAGCAGUAUCGUGAGGCAGACCGACAUCCGGGACCCCGACUGGAUCCGGGAGGUGCUGAAGACCCCGUCCAGCUUGGACAAGUCUGCCGAGGACAUCCGGCCGUUUGGAGUGGCUGGUGAGAACCACACGACGGUCCGCCGACUGGAUUCGACCGGUGGAGAGGUCAUUAGCGAAAAGAUUGGGCUCAGCAAGGGCUUCAACGCGAAGAACACUCUCCGGGGGCCCGUCACGACGGGUUGCGGGCACAUCAUGCAUUAUUCGUGCUUCGAGGUCUACUACACGGCCACUCAGCGACGCCAUACCCAGCAGAUUGCGCGCAAUCAUCCCGAGUGUCUCCAGUUGAAGGAGUUCGUCUGCCCCCUUUGCAAGGCCCUGGGCAAUGCAUUCCUUCCGAUUACCUGGAAGGGCAAGGAAGAGUCCUAUCCCGGCGCUCUCAACGCCACAAGGGGUUUCGACGAUUUCAUGACCAACGAGGUCAAGGCAAUCUUCUCGCAGCCGCGGAACUACAGUCUCCUCAUGGAGAAUAGUGGCGGCGGUGCUACGAUCGGACAGCAGCAACCCUACCAGGAAAUGUUUGUCGAUUACCUCUCCAAGACGUUGGUACCUCCGCUAGCCACCAAGGUAGAGCAAUUGAUGACAUCUUCUCUCUCUUCUACCUCGCAUUACGCCCCGCCGGCCAGGAUGCCCAUGCCUGGUCUCUUCCCGUCUCAGGAUGACCUCCCUACACCCAGUCCUCUCCAGCAUGUUUCCAGUUCCGGCGACAGCCCCAUGUCGGAGCUCCUCCAGAUCUACAAGCGGCUGAAGAAGACUCUGCGGUUGAACCACAUCUACUCGACGUUCAGCCAUUCGCCGGAGACCAUCACUACGGACGACCUGGUCCAUACGGAUUCGCUGUUCCAGAGCUUUGGCUUCAGCAUUGCUGCGGCCGAGAUCUCGACGCGCGGCGUCGAGUCAGAACCGGGAACGACUCUUCUCGACAAGAUUUCUCCGCUGACACUGACCCAUCUUCGCGUUUUGGCCGAGACGGCCUUGUCUUACGCAGCCGUCGGGUGUCUACACGAUCGUACCAACUCCCACAGCCGCUCGAUUGACGAGUUCCAGGAGAUGCAUCGCCACAAAAUCUGCCAGUUGUUCGUCGGCCACCCCAGCCUGCACGGGACGUCGCUUGUCAAUGAGGUCCGCGAAAUCGAGCCUCUCCUGGGUAUGGACAGCUUCGUGUUCUUGGCCGAGAGCUCGCUCUUGCUUCUACGGGUCCUCGACAUGGAUGUCCGCCAUCUGAUCCAGAUGUGCUACGUGGCCGAGAUUGUCAAGGUGGUUGUGACCUACGCCCUGUGGCCCCUUGGGUUGAAGGAGGAGCUCACUUCGAACGGGGAUGCGCAUUAUCUCCUGGACACAGAACUGUCGGAUGAGCGAUAUGAAUCAACGCGGCACUUCUUCAACUCUGUCGUCUCGGAGUUGAAGUCGAACUCAGUCGGACGCGCCGAAGGGUCCUCGUUCCCUGCCGAGAGCGGCUACGUGAAGGAUGGCGAGGAUUCGGCCACCCCCGGCGUCAUAAUUGCCCUCCGUCGUCUCAUCUCCAGCUACGCGUUGAGCUUCCUCCGCAAGACCGUCAUUCUGCUGUACGUCCAGCAUGGCGUUGAGUUCCCCAGCACGGGUUUCGCCGACGUUGAUGCGUCCGAGCUAGACCGUCUUACCAAGAUCCUGCAGCUGCCGACCCUGGACGAGAUCUUUACGAGCGUGAACCCGGCCCGCGCCAGCAACAAUCCGUUCGACGGGGUGAUCUCGGGGUGGAUCUUCCACUGGAACGCAUCUCGAUCUGGGGUGCGCAUCGGCGACCACAAGCUGUGGCCCAGCCUGACGCAUCCGGCCAUCUACGAGCUGGUCGGGUUGCCCAAGCAUUACGAUUAUUUGAUCGACGAAGCCAACCGCCGGCGCUGUCCCAAGUCCAAGAAGGAGCUGACCGAUCCGAGCAUCUGCCUGUUCUGCGGAGACAUCUUCUGCUCGCAGGCUGUAUGCUGUAUGGAGAACAAGCUGGGUGGAUGCAACCAGCACCUUCAGAAGUGCGGCAAGAACAUCGGAUUGUUCAUCAACAUUCGUAAAUGCACCGUUCUUUACCUCCACAAUCAGAAUGGAUCCUGGCACUAUGCCCCGUACCUGGACCGACACGGCGAAGUCGACCCAGGACUCCGGCGCAACCGCCAGCUGAUCUUGAACCAGAAGCGAUACGACCGACUUGUUCGCGACGUGUGGCUCUCCCACGCCGUGCCAGCAACGAUCAGUCGAAGAUUGGAAGCGGAUAUUAACAACGGAGGAUGGGAGACGAUUUAA